AUGGCUACCUGUAACACCACCAAUACUAAUUCUGCUAACCAUAAUUCAGUUGGUCAAACCUCAAAUACUCCAACAACUUUUAAUUUAAACAAACCAACUGCAAAUACCACUACUGCUUCAACACAACUACCAGAUGAUCCAAUUUAUAGAGUUUUUCAAAAUAUUAACUCCAUAUUUAAAAUAAGUAACCGAAUUAAGUAUUUGGGAUUUCCUGAUGGUAAUUGGGGACAUACCUCCAAGGUUACCAUUCAAAUUAAGCGAUGCACCAGAAAGAUAUUUAGGUCUCAAUUUCACCAAAAUAGGUUUAAAUUCAAAAUUGACAGCAAUCAAAGAUAA